GCUUGGUCCAGCAUAGUCUAUCAGCUGAUCCCCAACGUCCAGCAGCUGGAGAUGAACCUGAGGAACUUUGCUCAGAUCAUCGAGGCCGAUGAAGUGCUUCUGUUUGAGAGAGCCACUUUCCUGGUCAUUUCUCACUAUCAGUGCAAGGAACAGCGGGAUGUCCACAGGUUCGAGAAAAUCAGCAACAUUAUUAAACAAUUCAAGCUGAGCUGCAGUAAGCUGGCGGCUUCUUUCCAGAGCAUGGAGGUCAGGAACUCUAACUUUGCUGCUUUCAUUGACAUCUUUACAUCAAAUACAUACGUGAUGGUGGUUAUGUCAGACCCUUCAAUAC